AUGGUUGUGCGGGAGACUUCCAAUAAUCAAACAACAGAUGAUGGCAUCGAGUCUGAACGCUUCGCGCAUUCCGCGUUCAUAAAUGCGACGUACUGGGAUUUAGAGAUCGCACAAAUACCGGAAGCUUUAGAUUCCCAUUCUGUAACGAUUUCGAAAUUUCUUCAACAAACCUGUGUCAAUCAGAGGCCAUCGGAUUUCUCGCUUUCAUCAAGUUUCUGUGCUAAUGAUGAAAUGAUAUCUAUAUCGGAAACCCAUGCGUCAGUGACUGGCAAUGGAUACGUUCAGUCCGACCUUGAUGAUCUCCUUCGACGAAUGGCUUUUGUCGAUGAUUCGCCUCCAACGUUGGCCGUUCGGUUCGCUUUGGCUUCAUUGUCAGCGCUGCGCAGAGCCGGUCCACUUUCAAAAGCUGCUGAAUAUCAUCGUGGGAGGACCAUUUCGAUACUUCGGAUGUCUAUAGAGCAGCCACACAUCAACGGAAGAGAUGCUCUCCAAGCGAUGGCAGCGAGCCUACUGAUGAGCAUGUAUGAGGCUUUGAGCAGCUCUCAAUCUCCCAUGAGCUGGACUGUCUUUUUCUGUGGUUCUAAAAGAAUUGCUAAAAUCAUUUAUGAGUACGACAAAACAUAUGAGAAUGAUUCUUCAACCCUCCUUGACUGGUUACUUUACCACGAUGUUAUGUACAAGUUCACCAUCCACCAUUGGGCCCAAAGGCUGGACGAGCAGCGCAAAUUGGCGGCCGAACAAAAGUUCGUCUCGAAGGAACUCAAUUCACCUUUGCGGAAUAUAAUUAUACCGUCGAUUGGCUGCUCACUUGAACUUCUGGAGAAUAUCGCUCUGGUCAUCGACCUUGUUCUGGAUCGUCACGACCCCUCCUUUCUGUCUCCAGAACAUGUCCAGAACGCGAGAGCCUUAGUAACAAGACUUGAGAAAAUUCGGCAGGAACAGAAAGUUGAUCUCCCUUGUGAAGGUCACUCGGACUCUUCACUGGUCACUGUCGACGAAAGGCUCAGAACAAGCAACAUGGCGGAACUUUUCCGUAUCGCGACGCUCAUUUACCUUCACCGGUUGGGAAUGAAUCUACGUGCGUCAUCUCCCAAGGUCCUGAGUCUCGUCCAGUCUGCUUUUGGUCUUCUUGAAACUUCUAUUACGUGUGAAAGACCGUUCCCGCUCUUUGUUGUCGCCCUGGAAGCCCGAACGGAAGCACAGCGCCGGUUUGUUAUUGAUGUCAUCGAAAAAACGCUCGCAAAAUCGGCAUGUUCUGCAAAAAUACUCUUGUUGAGGCGAAUGAUUGAAGCUGCUUGGCUCCAGGAAGAUUUGCGAGAUGAAGAUGACUCGGAUAUGCUUUUCAUAUAUAACGUGGUCAUUAGCGCGAAUAAGGUCCCCCCCGCAUUUAGUCGCGAAGAAAGUUCCGAAGGGAAGUUGGUGACGUUUUACGCCAUGUCGAGCUUGAUGAGAGGCUCUCGAGAAGUGAAGCUGAAAAAGAAGGCACAGGCCGUCAGUGCAUCGACACUGAUGCAAACGAGAUACGAGCAAGUAUCUACCUUCGUGUCUCAAAGGAACCAAGAGCCAGAGUCCAAGGCGCUGCAGAUGUUAACUAUGCGCUACCCAUGGCAAUCGUGGAGUUUGAACAUCGAUAAGAUGGUGUCAUGGCCUACUGCCAACCCUGCCAAGCGCUCUGGUGCGGCUUGCAUUCCUACCGCACAAAGCACCACCACCACCACCACCAUCGCCACUCCAGCUUCUACACCUCCUGUCCCUCCACCCGCUCCAAGUACAACUCUUACGCAGAAAGUUACGCCGGCACCCUCCGUAAUCCCACCGGAUUUGACAAUCGCAGCGGAACCGAGAAUCCCUCCAGAGUCAUCAGUUGUCGUCACUCCUGUUGAAUCCCGGGUAAUCGUGACGAUGUCGGAAACAAAGCCCCCGAUCGAUAUCAAAUUUAUUCUGGAGAACGCGACCGCGGCAGAGAAAUGUAACCUACUUGCAGGAUAUGACUUUUGGCAUACAACACCCUUGCCCAACUACAAUGUCCCGUCGAUCCGGAUGUCCGAUGGGCCCAACGGGAUUCGAGGAACUAGAUUCUUCAAUGGUGUCCCUGCAGCAUGCUUACCAUGUGGCACGGCUCUAGGGGCAACCUGGGAUAUGGGGCUGAUUCAAGAAGCUGGAAUUCUAAUUGGCAAAGAAGCCAAAGCUAAAGGUGCGGCGAUUUGGCUGGGGCCAACCAUAAAUAUACAAAGAUCGCCUCUUGGUGGUCGAGGCUUCGAAUCAUUCGCGGAAGAUCCUCAUCUGUCCGGUAUGCUAGCAGCGGCCAUUAUUCAAGGUGUUCAGAGUGAAGGGGUGGUCGCAACCCCUAAACACUUCGUCUGUAAUGAUCAAGAGGACCGUCGGAGAGGAUUGGAGACGAUUGUCACCAGCCGAGCAUUGCGAGAGAUUUACCUGAAGCCGUUCCAGUUGGCAUUGGCGCACGGCAACCCUCACGCGAUUAUGACUGCUUACAACAAACUCAACGGAAAGCUUUGCUCGCAAAGCCCAGAUCUACUGCAGAAAAUUUUGAGGGAGGAGUGGGAAUUUCAAGGAGCUACGAUCAGUGACUGGUACGGCACGUACUCCACCAGCGAAGCAGUGAUCGCCGGGCUUGACCUCGAGAUGCCGGGCCCGUCGCAGUGGAGAGUCGAUUCCCGAGUCCGAAGUGUUCUCCGACUGGUCAAACAGGCUAGCAAAUGUGAGGUAUCAAAGGAAGAAAGUGUUCGAGACACCCCGGAAGAUCGAAACGUCCUUCGCCGUCUGGCAUCGGAAAGCAUCGUUUUGUUAAAAAACAAUGAUGCGCUGCUUCCUUGGGAGAAAGUCGAAAGCGUAGGAGUGAUCGGAGUUCAUUCCAAGGCUGCGAUCUAUUGCGGAGGCGGAUCCGCCCAACUGAGCCCUUAUUACGUGGUGACGCCAAUGGAGGGGAUUCAAUCGUACGUACAGAAUAUCGAGUACUGUCCCGGUGCCUAUGGCCACCAACUUCAACCGUUGUUGGGUCCGUUUGUGAAGACGAAGCCAGGGAUCACGGUGACCUUCUACAACCAUCCUCACACGUCGAACAACCGAGUACCGUUAGAAACGGUAGAAAUUGCCGAUUCGUCAUUCCAGCUAUUGGAUUACAAGCCACCAGGUGCGAGCGAGAUUUUCUAUGCCUCCAUGAGAGGGUCUCUCACUCCCGAGAAGACCGCCGUAUGGGAUUUUGGGGUCAUGUGCCACGGGACAGCGCUUUUAUACAUCAACGAAAAGCUCGUGAUCGAUAAUGCCACUCAUCAACGAGCCGGAGGGUCAUUCUUUGGCAGUGGAACGGUCGAAGAAUGUGGUUUUGUCGAGUUUCAGGCAGAGGUGACAUAUGAUAUCCGGCUUGAAUGGGGUAAUGGACGCACUUCGACGCUUCAACGACUCGGUGCCACUACACUAUCAAACGGUGGCGCUCGGUUGGGAGGGUGUCCAAGAAUAGAUGCAAAACAGGCAAUCGAUGAAGCAGUCUUGAUGGCAAAAAGCCAGAAGCACGUCGCCAUCUUCACUGGUCUCAACCAAGAGAUCGAGAGUGAAGGUUACGAUCGGAAAUCUAUGGACCUCCCCGGGCACACCGACGCUCUGAUUGAUGCGGUCCUCGACGCCAAUCCCAAUACAGUCGUGGUUGUGCAAUCUGGAACACCAGUGACGAUGCCUUGGGUCUCCAAAGCAAAGGCUGUGAUCCAAGCUUGGUAUGGCGGCAAUGAGUUGGGAAAUGCGAUCGCGGAUGUCAUAUUUGGUAAGGUGAAUCCUAGCGGAAAGUUGCCCAUGACCUUUCCCAAAGUGGUGCAAGACAACCCCGCCUUUCUUAACCUUAACGCCGAUGAUGGCAGAGUGUUGUAUGGAGAGGAUAUUUUCGUUGGAUAUCGAUUCUAUGAGAAGAUGAGGAAAGAGCCACAGUUCGCCUUUGGGCACGGCUUAUCGUAUACCACUUUUGCGCUGUCAAAUCUGGAAGUGUCUUCACCGGAUGUCCACCUUACGGUGCAGAACUGUGGCAAUCGACAGGGCGCAGAGGUUGUUCAAGUCUACAUUGCACCUGUACAGUCUGCCACCUGUCGCCCGGUAAAGGAACUGAAAGCAUUUGCCAAGGUCGUUUUAGCACCGGGAGAAGCAACAAAAGUGAAGAUGAGUCUUGACCGGAAUGCCACCAGCUACUGGAGUGAAACUCGGGACGCGUGGGUUUCCCAGAAAGGCGAAUAUGACAUAUUUGUCGGCACCUCCAGUGAUCGAAUCAUGUUGACUGCUCGGAUCACACAGGAGAGAACCGUCGUCUGGCGGGGGUUAUAG